GUCGGUCCUUGUUUGAGCUGAGCGUUGAGACAGGUGCAGGCGUAGCAGGCUGGACCCUCACAUCGCAGAUCCCAUCCUAGUGGAUGGAGCAAGCUGUGUUUCCUUGACCGACUUUUGUGAGCCCCAUUCUCCGGCGGAGCAGAGACCAUGGCCCCUCAGGGCUCCCAGGCCCCGCUGGAAUUCGGGGGUCCCCUGGGCGCUGCGGCGCUGCUGCUGCUGCUGCCUGCCACCAUGUUCCAUCUGCUCUUGGUGGCCCGCUCAGGCCCGGCGCGCCUCCUGGGCCCACCCCCCUACCUGCCUGGGCUGGAGGAGCUGUGGAGCCCGCGGGCGCUGCUGCUGUGGCUCACCUGGAUCAGCCUGCAGGGGGCGCUCUACCUAUUGCCAGCGCGCAAGGUGGCCGAGGGGCAGGAAUUGAAGGACAAGAGUCGCCUCUGCUACCCCAUUAACGGCUUCCAGGCCCUGGUGCUGACAGCCCUGUUGGUGGGGCUGGGGGUGUCAGUGGGGCUGCCCCUCGGGGCUCUCCCGGAAAUGCUCCUGCCCCUGGCCUUUGUAGCCACCCUCACGGCUUUCAUCUUCAGCCUCUUUCUCUAUAUGAAGGCUCUGGUAGCACCUGCCUCGGCCCUGGCACCUGGGGGAAACUCAGGUAAUCCAAUUUACGACUUUUUCCUGGGACGGGAACUCAACCCUCGCAUCUAUUUUUUUGACUUCAAAUAUUUCUGUGAACUUCGGCCUGGCCUCAUUAGCUGGGUCCUCAUUAACUUGGCCUUGCUGGUGCAGGAGGCAGAGCUGCGGGGGAGUCCCUCACUGGCCAUGUGGCUGGUCAAUGGCUUCCAGCUACUCUAUGUGGGUGAUGCUCUCUGGCAUGAGGAGGCUGUCCUCACCACCAUGGACAUCACACAUGAUGGGUUUGGCUUCAUGCUGGCCUUUGGAGACUUAGCUUGGGUACCCUUCACCUACAGCCUGCAGGCCCAGUUCUUGCUGUACCACCCGCAACCCCUGGGCUUGCCCAUGGCCUCAGUCAUCUGCCUUACCAAUGCCAUUGGUUACUACAUCUUCCGUGGGGCUAAUUCCCAGAAAAACACUUUCCGAAAGAAUCCUUCUGAUCCCAGAGUGGCAGGCCUUGAAACCAUCCCAACAGCUACAGGACGGCAGCUGCUGGUGUCUGGGUGGUGGGGGAUGGUCCGACAUCCCAACUACCUUGGAGAUCUCAUCAUGGCUUUGGCCUGGUCCUUGCCCUGCGGGGUGUCCCACUUGCUGCCCUACUUCUACCUCUUCUACUUCACUGCACUGCUGGUGCACCGUGAGGCUCGGGAUGAGCAGCAGUGUCUGCAGAAGUAUGGCCUGGCCUGGCACGAAUACUGCCGACGUGUGCCUUACCGCAUUGUGCCCUACAUCUACUGAAGCAGCUUCACUGCUCCAAGUCAGGGCACGUGCCCACCCACCAGCACACUCAGGCCCAGGAGCUUGGACACACUGAGGACUCAAGGGUCUGCACCCUACCCAACCCACAUCUCCAUUAGGCAUGAUGAACAGCCUCAGAGAAGAGGUAGUUUGGGACAAGGAGAAAAUGAAGCCAGUGCCC